CUGAUUGGGGCGCUGUCUCACACUCAAACCGUUAAAUGUCAUCGAAGAAGGGACCUUUAGCAAAUAUGGAGCUGCGCAAGGAUAACAGAACUCAAACAUUGAAUUUAAAUUGUGUUUAAAAGCUAUUUUCCAAGUUUUGUUUCGUUAGAUAUCAGUGUUUCAUUGCUGUGAGGAUGGCCUAUCGCUAUCUGCAGCUGUCAGUCGGCUUCAGGAACGCGUCCCGCCUACUGCUGCCCUCCAACGCGCCGGCUCGGCUGGUGACCAGGUGUUCCUCAGCCAUAGUGGCUCAGAGUGGGCAGAGCCUGCUGAGUCAGCUGCUAGGGGACUACAGGAGGCUGAGCUCCACACCACCAAAAGGAUUUGAUAAAUAUUUCCCUCAAGCUCAGAAAACUCCAAAGAACAGUGAAGCUGAAGCUAAAGAACAGAAAUCUAAUAACACUCAGAGAGAUGGGGGAAGUGGAGGAGGAGGAUCAGCAGGGGGGGGAGGAGGAGGAAAGAAAGGAGGUCGUAAGGAGGACUCUCACUGGUACAGCCGUCUGCAGAAGGGGGACAUUCCUUGGGAUGAUAAAGCGUUCCGGAUGUACUGCCUGAGUGCGGUGGCGUUCUGGGCCACCGUCACUUAUCAUUUUUUCUUUAGGGAUGGAGGAAGAGAGAUCACCUGGAAGGACUUUGUCAACAACUACCUAUCAAAAGGCGUGGUUGACCGGUUAGAAGUCAUCAACAAACGUUAUGUCAAAGUGAUCUUUUCUCCAGGGAAGACGCCUGUGGACGGUCAGUACGUGUGGUUUAACAUCGGCAGUGUGGAUACGUUUGAGAGGAACUUGGAGACAGCUCAGUAUGAACUCAGCAUCGAGGGAGAGAACAGACUGCCAGUGGUUUAUUCCACUGAGAGUGACGGGACCUUUCUACUGAGCAUGCUCCCCACAGUACUCAUCAUCAGCUUCCUGCUGUUCAUGCUUCGGCGAGGUCCAGCAGGGGCAGGCCGUCCUGGUAGAGGGAUGGGGGGGCUGUUCAGUGUCAGCGAGACCACAGCGAAGAUCCUGAAAGACGAGAUCGAUGUGAAGUUCAAAGAUGUGGCUGGCUGCGAGGAGGCCAAACUAGAGAUCAUGGAAUUUGUCAACUUCCUGAAGAACCCCAAACAAUACCAGGACCUGGGAGCCAAAAUCCCCAAGGGGGCCAUUCUAACUGGACCUCCAGGAACCGGGAAGACACUUUUGGCCAAAGCGACAGCUGGUGAGGCCGACGUCCCAUUCAUCACAGUGAAUGGAUCUGAGUUCUUAGAGAUGUUUGUUGGCGUCGGCCCUGCGAGAGUGAGGGAUCUGUUUGUUAUGGCCAGGAAAAACGCUCCCUGCAUCCUCUUCAUCGAUGAAAUUGAUGCCGUUGGACGAAAGCGUGGGCGUGGAAACUUUGGGGGACAGAGUGAACAGGAGAACACACUGAACCAGCUGCUGGUGGAGAUGGAUGGCUUCAACACAGCAACCAAUGUUGUGGUCCUGGCGGGAACCAACAGGCCUGACAUUUUGGAUCCAGCCCUGAUGAGACCAGGGCGAUUCGACAGACAGAUUUACAUUGGUCCUCCUGACAUAAAAGGUCGAGCGUCCAUCUUUAAAGUUCAUCUUCGUCCUCUGAAGCUUGAGGCUGGCACGGACAAAGACACACUAGCCAAGAAGAUGGCUGCACUAACACCUGGAUUCUCAGGUGCCGACAUCGCCAACGUCUGUAAUGAGGCUGCUCUAAUUGCUGCACGCCACCUUUCAGACGCCAUUAAUCAGAAACACUUUGAACAGGCCAUCGAGAGGGUGAUUGGAGGUCUGGAGAAGAAGACCCAGGUCCUGCAGCCAGAGGAGAAGAAGACUGUGGCCUAUCACGAGGCUGGUCAUGCUGUUGCCGGAUGGUUCCUGGAGCAUGCUGACCCUCUUCUAAAGGUGUCAAUCAUCCCCAGAGGAAAGGGUCUGGGUUAUGCUCAGUACCUGCCCAAAGAGCAGUACUUGUACACCAAAGAGCAGCUGCUGGAUCGCAUGUGUAUGACUCUAGGAGGACGAGUCUCAGAGGAGAUCUUCUUUGGGCGGAUAACUACUGGAGCUCAGGACGACCUCCGGAAAGUCACUCAGAGUGCCUAUGCACAGAUUGUGCAGUUUGGGAUGAAUUCCAAAGUGGGGCAGGUGUCAUUCGACCUGCCUAGGCAGGGUGAAAUGGUUCUGGAGAAACCGUACAGUGAAGCCACAGCUCGCCUUAUUGAUAGUGAGGUCAGAACUCUCAUCAGCGAAGCUUACCAGAGGACCCACCAGCUGCUGAAAGAGAAGAAGCCACAGGUUGAAAAGGUGGCGCUGCGACUGCUGGAAAAGGAGGUUAUAGAUAAGAAUGAUAUGGUGGAGCUUUUAGGAAAACGCCCGUUUGCAGAGAAGUCGACAUAUGAAGAGUUUGUAGAGGGAACUGGAGGGGAGGACGAGGACACAACGCUGCCAGAGGGUCUGAAGGACUGGAACCAGGAGAGGAAGGACAAGGAGAGCCAGGAUGAGCAGGUGGCUCACCAAAUCUCUGGUGGAGUACCCUUUUAGAACCUUUUGAUGGUUAUCCAGGUUCUAUCAUGAAGCUUUGAUAUUUGCAGGAGCAUACAUAAAACAAGUUGCUAGAAGGUUUAGAUCUUCUACCAAGAGCUCUGCGCUCUCACAGCCUUUUCCACACUAGUUCUUUAACGUUCCUGUAGCUUCUGGGUGUGUGGUUUCCACCACCAAGCUAAACUGUCCAGUCAUUCACUGUUUGCAGUUUGUGUGCCUUGAUCUGCAUGCAACUCAUUCAGUAUGAGGUCUAGAGCCCUUCCAGUUUUAUCAUUAUCCUCACUAAUAAUUGCCACCAUUACAUCAUCAGGUAUAUAUAUAUAUAUAUAUAUACACACAUACAUACAUACAUACAUACAUACAUACAUACAUACAUACAUACAUACAUACAUACAUACAUACAUACACUAUGUGUUCUUGAAUGAAAUGAUUUCUUCUGAUUUUGUCUUUGUUUUGGUCACAAAGUACCACAUCCGAAUGUACCAACCACAAGAACCCCUGCAAGUUCAACACCUUUCAGCAUACACCUAUAGAAGUUGCCUGUGCAGGUUCUAGAGCUGAACUGUGUGUCAGCUGGGUUCUGGCUGUGUUCCCUGAGCCUAACACACAUGGACAGAUACAAAUUAUUAGAACUAUUAGUCAGUGGCUCUCAGCAGAACCUCCUACAAAGAUUCUGUUUUAACAUAUAGAAAGGUCUGUGACUGUGUUUCAGCUUUACUUGCUCAUCUGCACUUAUUGAUUCUAUUCAAUUUGAGAAUGAUCUGUUUUUGUCCUCAUUGACAGCAGUUCAGAGCUGCAGGCUGUGACGGUCAGGAAAUGAUUAUUGGUCAUGUUCACCUGUAACUGCCAUCACUGUAAACAUGUAAUAUGAUGUGAAAUGUUAAUAAACACAUGAAUGAA